AUGUCAGUGAGCGCCAUGUCAGCUGACAACAAGGUCACGACGCGUAACCCGGCUAAGUCAGGAAAACCGGAGACGCCCGAGCCUGCUUCACUACAGUCUAUUGAUGAUAAGUUGAACUCCAUAAUAAAUAUUCUACGCAAACAUACAGAUGACAUACAGGACAUUAAAAAGGAACAGAAAGAUUUAGCUGCUUCUAUUGAGCUGUGCCAUACUAACAUCAGUGAUGUGAAACAACUUGUAACCAAACAGGACUCGAAAAUAACUGCUUGUGAGGAUGAACUGACUCAGCCCAGACCCAUCAUCGUAAAGUUUGUGAGCCGACUCGAUAAAGAUGACUUCUGGAACAAGAGGAAGGUCAGACGAAACCUCAGAGCUACCGAUCUCGGCUACAGCAGCGAGAAAUCUAUUUACAUAAAUGAAUCGCUAACACCUGCCAACCGAGAGCUGCUGAAGAUGACGAGGGAGGCUGCCAAGCAGAAGGGUUAUAACCAAGUGUGGACGACCAACUGCUCCAUCUUUGUACGACGAGAGAAGGGAUCGCCGGUCAUCAAGAUCACGUCUUCCACGGAUCUCCAACGCAUGUAG